UAAAAUCCCCUUCUCUCUGACCAUAGUGGACACACCAGGGUUUGGAGAUACAAGAGGCAUAGAAAGAGAUAAAGAGAUCAUUGAACAUCUACGUAAUCUCUUCUCUGCUGAGCUUGGUGUCAGUGAAGUUGAUGCUGUGUGUUUUGUAGCUCAGGCUGCUUCAGCACGACUCACACUAUCACAGAAAUAUAUGAUUGAUUCAGUUCUCUCAAUCUUUGGUAAAGAUGUGGCAGAAAACAUCAGGGUUCUGGUGACAUUCACAGACGGCCAGCGUCCACCAGUUCUAGAGGCAAUCAAUGCUUCAGGUGUCCCAUGUCCAAAAACAAAAGACGGGCUGCCAGUUCACUUCAAAUUCAAUAAUUCAGCUUUGUUUGCAGACAAUAAAUCAGCAGCAGACAGCAUGAGUGAGGAUGAUGAAGAUGAAGGCUUUGAUCAGAUGUUUUGGAAAAUGGGGACAAAAAGUAUGAAGAAGUUCUUUCUUGCUUUGAAUGUCAUUGAGACCAAAAGUUUGAAGAUGACUCAGGAAGUCCUCAGAGAAAGAAAGCAGCUCGAGAACUCAGUUGAAAACUUGCAGAAGCAGGUUAAAGUUGGGUUAGCCAAGCUUGAGGAGAUAAAAGAAACAUCUGAACAACUGAAAGAGCAUGAGGCAGAAAUCAGCAGAAAUGAGAACUUUGAGUUUGAAGUUACUGUCACAAAGCCUGUUCAUAUAGAUAUUUCUGGUACUGGAUGUUACCUCACCAACUGUCAGCAGUGUCAUCACACCUGUCACUAUCCCUGUGGAAUACCCAAUGAUGCAGAUAAAGCAGGGUGUCUAGCAAUGGGAUCAGAUGGAUACUGUACUGUGUGUCCAGGCAAAUGUUACUGGAAUGUACAUUUUAAUCAGAAGUACAAAUGGGAGUAUAAGGAAGUUAAAGAAAAACGAACAGUGAAAGAACUGAAAGAAAAGUACUUUAAAGCUGCAGAUGCUAAGAGACCUGUUGAGGCAUUGAUUGACAAACUGAAGGCUGAGUAUGAUGAAGUGCAGACUGAGGUGAAUAAACUGAUAGAAAGAUCUGCUCAGUGUUUAAACAGACUUAAAGAGAUCGCACUGAAGCCAAACCCUCUUUCUACUCCAGAGUACAUUGACAUGAUCAUUGAGGGAGAGAAAUCUGAGGGCAGGCCAGGAUGGAAGAAACGAGUUCAGUCUCUGAUGGCCAUGAGAGAAAAAGCCGAGUACAUGGCCAAAGUAGCAAGAGGAGAGACAUUCCUCCAGAGUCCAUCUACAGACUUACAGCACUGUAACCAGGGUCAAACAAAGAACAGUAAGCUUGAUACUAACCUAGAUCAAAAACAAGACAAGACUGAUUUUGUCAAAGGCCAGGAUAGUAAGCUUGAUACUAACCCAGAAAAGGAUAAAGACAAGACUGAUUCUGAUUCUGACAAAGGCCAGGACAGUGAGCUUGAUACUAAACCAGAUGAGAACCAAGAAAAGACUGAUUCUGAUUCUGACAAAGGCCAGGACAGUAAGCUUGAUACUAACCCAGAUGAGGACCAAGACAAGACUGAUUCUGAUUCUGACAAAGGCCAGGACAGUGAGCUUGAUACUAAACCAGAUGAGGACCAAGACAAGACUCAUUCUGAUUCUGACAAAGACGAAGACAGGGCUUAUGCCACUAGCCAGCAAGACUGAGAGCACACAGAGAUAAGUGCCAACCAAGACAAGGCCAUACCAGACAAGAACAAGGGUAGCACAAUGGUCACAGUGAAGAAUCCUUACUAUAAAAAAAUGCACAGGCUUAAUUUAAAGGAUUUAGUUGACAGGGAUGUGUACACAGAUGUAGAAAGACAUAAUGGCUGGGAGGACAAAUUUAUAUGUGAUUAAUUGUUUUAACUUUUUUUAUAUUUGAAAUAUUUUUUAUAUACACUUUUGUUGUGUAUUGCAUUGUAUUUUAUAUUGCUUUGGUUUAAUUUAGUGGCUUUUGGUUGAAUUAUGGAGAACAGUAUGUUUUAUUACUGCCUGUAGUUUUGUUUCUUUUGUCUGGUGUGUUACUCUUGAAAAACAUUCUUUUUUGCUCAAUAAAUGCAUCAUGU